AUGGUCAUAGAUGAUUAUGGGUCACGGAUUGUGCUUAUGGUACUAAGGGAUGAGGCCACAGAGACAAGGGAAAUGUCCCUGUUAACCCUGGCUGUUUCGGUGCCAACACUGAGGCCUCCAUCUUGUGGACAUGGUAUCAAAGAAGCGGAUGUGACAGAAGGCAUCUGCUUUACAGAAGGACAUUCUAUGGUGCGUUUUUCCAUUAUUGUGUUCUUGGUAAGCACUCCAUUCUACAGAAACAAAUUGCCCCCAGUGAGCCUAUUCACCAGGAUGGAUCAAGUAAUUGUAGCUUCUGUGAGGAAGUGGAAGGUACCCGUCCCAGGUGACCCAAAACAGCUGCAUGAGCUUAGCCUGGAUGAGUACACAGGAUCAGGGAAAUUCGGAAUUGCCUAUACCUCUUCACUUGGAUUCCUUGACAAAGCAGCUGUGGAGAGCGGUUCAAGGUCACUGUGGAUGCUAUUCCCUGUGACCCAAGUUGAAGAAACCAAGCAAAUGAUUAAAGUGCUUCCAGUAUGGGCUGCUACUUUCAUACCUAGCACCAUUUUAGCUCAAGUGCACACCCUGUUCAUCAAACAGGGAACUGUCUUGGACAGGAGCAUGGGACCCCAUUUUGAAAUCCCUCCAGCGUGCCUCGCAGCUUUUGUAACCAUCUCCAUGUUGAUAAGCCUAGCCAUUUAUGACCGUUACUUUGUGCUGAUGGCUAGGCAUUACAUGAAAAGACCGAGAGGAACUACAUUGCUGCAGAGAAUGGGAAUUGGGUUUAUGUUGCAUGUUAUUGUAAUGAUCACAGCCUGCUUAGCAGAAAGGAAGAGGCUUAGUGUGGCAAGAGAACACAACAUAAUUAGUAAAAAUGAGGUAGUUCCUCUCAGUAUAUUUAUUCUACUCCCUCAGUUUGUUUUGAUGGGAGUUGCUGAUAACUUUGUGGAAGCAGCGAAGAUAGAGUUUUUCUAUGACCAAGCACGAGAAGGAAUGAAGAGCCUAGGGAAUUCAUACAUCGCCACCUUCUUGGGAAUCGGGAGUUUCCUUAGUAGUUUUCUCCUAUCAACAGUUUCUAAAAUCACCAAGAAGCAUGCAUAA